UCCAGGGCUUCUGAUCUAUUGUUCGUCGAGCGAAGAAUUGCACACGAAGAAAUCAUGCUCAGAUUAUUGAUACCAUGCCUGCUGUGGCUGUCCGCAGUGCGUUCGGAGACCGAUAUGCGCACGGACAUGCCGGAUGGAUCGCUGAUGGAGAAGAUGCUGGACAUCCCGAUGUCAAAGGCAAAGAGAGACUCCAUUCAUCAUCCCUGCGAACCGAUCUAUCCGCAGGGUCCUGCUUACUCGUCAUCGCCGAUUUACGUUAAACCUCUGAUACAACCGACUUAUCUGAAAAAAGAGCUGGGCGUAGCUCCGCUAGCUCACUUGCAGUACGUUCAGCACGCGCCCUACGUCGUGCCAAAACCCGCCGUCACGUAUGUGAAGCCGGUGGCACCCGCGAUUAACUACGAGACGGCGCAUCAAUCGGUACAGUACAUUAAACCCGUGACGCCCGUUUAUCAAAAACCCGUGUUGUCCUACGCGCCGACCUAUCAGAAGCCGUUCUACUACACGUCUAUGUAUCAGAGACCCAUGUAUCACGACGUGAUGCCCAAGCUCUUCCUCAAAAAGUACGAGACGCCCGUAACACAGGUCGUCUAUCAAAAGCCGCUGCUACACGCGCCCGUUCAGUACGCAGCUCCCAAAGUGGUGCAGGUGCAAGCGCCGCAAGUGUCCUAUAUAAAACCCGCGGUUCACGCCUCGCAACCUGUGUACCUCCCGCCGGCCGUUCAUAAUCCCGUUAUAGUUAAGCCGCAUUGUUUGUAGAUCGACCGCGCGCAAUGCGAGGACACAUAGAGCUUUUUUUCAGGACACGAGAAUGUUUCAACGCGUUAAAACUGCAUCAUCGUCAAGCAGUUACAUUAGCUUUUCUACAUUUUUUUUUACAACAUUUACUUAUAAACUUGUAAUAAAUAUGUGUAAAAACCUAUUAUAUAAAACAAUGUCACUGAUCCAAAAGCGAAACACAUGUAUCCCACUGGAUGUCAGUAGCUGUCAAAAUAGAAAAAGAUAUGGAAUGUCUCGCAAAAAACAACACGAC